GGCCCAGCAGGCUCCCCUCGGCGGGGGCGGCCGCCGAGCGAUGCGCCCCGCGGCGGGGCCUGCGGCGCGCGGCGCGCCGAGGCCAUGACGUCGACGCCCAGGAGCCGGAGGGCGCCCGCCCGCAGGAGGACCCCUCGCGGGACGCCCGGCUCUGCGCGGAGGACCGCGCUCGGAGCGACGCCGCGCGGGACGCCCCGGGAGGACCUGACCUCAGCCUUCCGUCCGCCCGCUCUGGCUCGGAGAUCUGGGUGGACCCCAACCGGGUCGGAGAGGGUCGCAGGCGGUCCGAGGAGAACCUCUCCAGGUGCGCGUGCGGGGCAGUCCUGCUGUUCGACGCAACGGUGUGCUGGAAGUGCCACAAGCGUUCGCAGGCGGAGCAGGAAAUCGAGGAGGCGUUCGGCCUGUUCAGCGUGGGGGAGCGGCAGAGCGCCCCCGACACUGGCUUCGUGGAGCGCACGGACUCCAUGUACGACCUCCCCGCGCGGUCCGCCUCCGAGCCGCUCCUGUGCCGGCCCAGGUGCGAGGUGCCAGAGCGGGAGUGCGGGUCCCUGGAGCAUUUCGGCACGGCCGCCGAGUGGGACCGAGGCCAUUUUGGAGGACAAUGA